AUGACACACAAGGUGUGGGUUGACGAUGUAGACACCCUGCUCUUCCCAUACAACCUCGAUAACAACCAUUGGGUAGGCAUCGAAGCUGACUUAGUCUACCGAAGGCUAAGAGUUUACGAUAGCAUAAACAGUGGUAGAAGCGACGCGGUUCUUCAAAGGAAGUGUAAGCCGUUCGCAAAAAUGAUUCCACGCUUGAUACAAGCAUAUAACCGGAGGUACAAAGAUGAGAAUAUCGGGGGGGCGGCAUUUAGUUACUACCGGGUGAAAACACUCCCACAGAACUAUCAACAAGGUGACUGUGGUGUGUACACGUUGAAGUGCUUAGAGUGUAUAGCUCUUGGAGUAAAUUACACAGGCCUAUGUGAUGCGGCCAUGCCUUCUAUUAGGAUGAAACUUGCUGCAGACGUGUUUGAUGAGGUCCCAGACCGAGACUGCUUUCUCCAACUAGAUGCUACGUCGGAGACAGUAGAUUAUCCAGAAGCUGAGUUCAACUCGGGAUCAAAAAGUUGA